GAGAGCGGCGGGGAGGAGUUACCGUGAAGCUUCUGGAGAAGAGCGGUGUGCUCGGUUACCGGAACUAAGAAGUGACCGGAACGGAGAAAUUCAGGGAUGAACCACAAGAGUAAGAAAAGAAUCAAGGAGGCGAAGCGCUCUGCUAGGCCUGAGCUCAAGGACUCCCAAGACUGGUGCCGGCACAACUACGCAGAGGUUUACCGCCUGAGCCCAAGCAGCGUACGGGAUAAUGUUGAGCGUGCGGAUGCCGCCCAGCUCACGCUGGAGGAAUUCAUCGAGCGAUACGAGAAGCCAUAUAAACCGGUAGUGAUCCUAAAUGCCCAAGCUGGCUGGCCAGCCCAUGAAAAAUGGACGCUGGAAAGGCUUAAACGCAAGUACCGCAACCAGAAGUUUAAGUGCGGGGAGGACAAUGAUGGUUACUCUGUUAAAAUGAAGAUGAAAUAUUACAUAGACUACAUGGAGGGAACGCGAGAUGACAGUCCUUUGUACAUAUUUGACAGCAGCUAUGGAGAGCAUCCAAAGAGGAAAAAGCUGCUGGACGAUUAUGUGGUGCCAAAGUAUUUUCGGGAUGAUCUCUUCCAGUAUGCGGGUGAGAAACGACGUCCUCCAUACAGGUGGUUUGUGAUGGGUCCUCAGCGCUCUGGAACUGGAAUUCACAUUGACCCGCUAGGCACCAGCGCCUGGAACUCCUUAGUUCAUGGGCACAAGCGUUGGUGCCUCUUUCCUACCAGCACACCCCGUGAAUUGAUCAAAGUGACACGGGAGGAGGGGGGCAACCAACAGGAUGAGGCCAUCACCUGGUUUAAUGUCAUCUAUCCACGCACGCUGCUUCCAACCUGGCCGGCUGAAUUCAAACCACUGGAGAUUUUACAGAAGCCGGGAGAGACCGUGUUUGUGCCAGGUGGCUGGUGGCAUGUUGUUCUGAACCUGGACACUGCUAUUGCCGUUACCCAAAAUUUUGCCAGCUGUACCAACUUUCCUGUGGUUUGGCACAAGACUGUUAGAGGCAGACCAAAACUUUCAAGAAAAUGGUACAGAAUCCUGAAGCAGGAGCUCCCGGAUCUCGCAGCGCUGGCGGAUUCUGUGGAUCUACAGGAAUCCACUGGCAUCGCCUCAGACUCGUCCAGUGAUUCUUCCAGCUCCUCAUCCUCCAGUUCUUCAGAGUCUGGUUCUGAGGAUGACUCAAGCUCUGGAACAGAAGCAAUAUCGCACCGCAAAAAGAAGAGGAGAACGUGUGGUGGGAUGGGGAACGGGGACACGUCCACCCAGGAUGACUGCGUCAGCAAAGAACGUAGCUCCUCCAGGUGACACGGCCCCACCAGAGCCGGGGAUAGAAUUGUCACAACGCCUAUUCCCCCAAAUGCAAAAGGGGGCCGAGUCUUGAUAACCCCUCCAGCCCUCUGCUGCCGCGUACCUGCAGAACAAUUUCAAUGCCAAUGUAUUGUACAAUAAUUUGCACAUGCAGAGACUUAAAAAGGUAUAUAUUUUUAGUUCGGCAUGUGGUUUGUUUUUAUCCUGUCUCUUUCACCUGUGGAAGCUCCUCUGGCUUCAGAUUGAUUUGAAUGCUUAUGAACGUUGGUCAAAAUUAGAAACUCGACAGCCACCUAAAAAUGAAGGCAAAUAUCGGAUGCUAUGUGCAGGUAGUCACUUGGGGUCCUUGAUCCUUACCCUCUGAUAAGAAUAGAACUGGAAAAUCCCUGCAAAUUUGUAAAUGACAUCGUGAUUACCUAACUUUUGUAGAACAGAUUUCAGAUGAUUGAUGACCUUCACGCCCAGUGUCUUUAUGCGUUACAUUUUUUUUCUUGGUAUAAACCUCAGUUUGACGAUCUCCUGGCAGAUUCUUGUAUGUCGGUAAAAACUGUGCAUUGUGACAUAGGACACCGGUUCUGCGACCAUUGGCAUUAAGUACAAACUGUAUUAGCCAUACAGAGGCGUCCUUUAGC